AUAUUUCCUCUUCUGGUUUGGAACUCUUCUGACUUUCAUUUGCAUGGCAGGCAACAACAAUUUUGAAUGACAAACUUUAAAAACUACUCAUCAUAUUCUCAAUUCCCGUUUCUCAUUUAUAUCAUCUUAUAAAAAUUGGCACAAUUUAUUUGGAUUAAUAAAAUUGUACUCUACUUGCGUCAGAUAUUAUCAAACUCCUCCUUUUAUAGACAUGGCGAGGUGCAAAAUUCAAAGUUUCAAAUCUGAAGUGCCCCUCGCAAAUGCACCUCAGAUUUGGUUUUUUCGCAUGCUUUGUGAUACUUUUUUUGAUAUCUGAAACAUUUUCGUUUGACUUUUCUGGUUUAUGGGGCACUCAUAGAAAUAUGUUCUACAACACUAACUACAUUGAGGUCGUCAAUGCUCGAAUCAGAUUGGGAUUGCACAUGCCUUCUGAACACGAUGAUUUCAACACUUGGCUGAGAAAAAGAUGA